AUGGUCCGGCACUACAACUUUGGCGUCGAAAUCGAGGCCAUCGGCCGGCCGUACGGCGGCGGCGGCGACACCUUCUCCAACGUCGACUGGUACCGGCAGCUGGCGCAGAAGCUGCAGAACCGCGGCAUCCCCGCGGCGCACGACGACUGCUCCAAGUACAGCAAGCACCCGGACAAGCACCCGGAGUACUACGGCGGCAAGUGGUUCGUGACGCGCGACGGGUCGCUCAAGCGGCCGCGGCCGUACGUGUGCAUGGAGGUGGUGUCGCCGCGGCUCGACACGAAGCAGGCCGUGAGCCGCACCCUGUCCGACUUCUGGGAGGCGAUGCGCGUGCACUUUGUGCCGCAGCGCGACGCCUCGUGCGGCGGCCACGUGCACGUCACGCCCGUGAGCCUGCGCAACCGCUUCUCCCUGCGCUCGCUCAAGCGCGUCGCCUUCGCGGCGCUGGCCUACGAGGACUUUGUCGCCGCCGUGCUGCCCGCCGCGCGCCGCGACAACCAGUUCUGCCGCCUCAAUAGCCUGAGCCCCGAGGCGGGCGUGCGGCGCCCCGGCGGCGCGCUCGCCCUCGCGGGGGGCGUCAAGAGCGUGGCCGUGCUGCGCCGCGUGGCCGACGAGAUCCGCGCCCUGCCCGCCGAGGCGGACCUGUACCUCUACAUGCAGGGCAACCGCUACGUGCUGUGGAACUUCCAGAACAUCUUUCCCAGCCCCAAGACGGGCCGCUGCACCGGCACCGUCGAGUUUCGCGGCGGGAACCAGUUCCUCAACACGAGGGGCACGCUGGCGUGGGUGGCCUUUGUGCUGGGCUUCAUCACGCUGGCGCUCAAGGAGGACCUCUUGGACAACUUCUCCACCUACGUCUCCCCCGCCGAGCCCAACUUCCCGCACCGCCUGGCCGAGUGGUGGGUGCGGCUCCGGCGCGCGGCCAAGAAGUCGCGCAUGAGCCGCCACCUGCCCGACGACUGGACCAAGAUGAAGUCGCGGUAG